CAACAAUUGUCAAUAGAUGCACAUUAAUUAAUCUGCAUUGACAAUGAAGCAGCGAUUUUCUUCCCUAGAUGUGAAGGUCAUUGCUUAUGAGCUCUCGAACAGCCUGGUCACUUUGCGUCUUGCCAAUGUCUAUGACUUGGCCUCGAAAAUAUUCCUGCUGAGGUUUACGAAGCCAGAUGAUAAGAAGCAGAUGAUCAUUGAUUCCGGCUUCCGAUGCCAUCUGACGAGCUUCUCGAGAGCAACCACCGCAUCGCCCUCAGUCUUUGUCACGAAGCUACGAAAAUUUCUCAAAACUCGUCGAGUAACCGCGGUCUCCCAAAUUGGAACAGACAGGAUAAUCGAGUUUCAGUUUAGCGAAGGGCAAUACCGACUAUACUUAGAAUUCUACGCUGGUGGAAACAUCAUCCUCACAGAUAAGGAGUUGAAUAUCUUGACGUUGCUGAGAACGGUGCCUCCGGGGGAGGGACAGGAAGAACAACGUAUAGGGCUUAAAUAUUCGCUAGAGAACAGGCAAAAUUACCUCGGCAUCCCGCCUCUCACCAAAGACAGGCUGCAGGCCGCAUUACGAAAGGCUGCAGAGCAGAGCGAGAAUGCACCUGCUGAGAAGAAGCAGGGUAAGAAUGGCAUUGACUCGCUGAGGAGGGCGCUGGCAGUAUCUAUAACAGAAUUCCCACCGUUACUCGUGGACCAUGCCAUGAAAGUCACAGAUUUCGAUCCUACUCUAAAACCUGCCGAUAUCGCAAAAAACGACACUCUGCUGGACCACCUUUUGCGCUCAUUGGAAGAGGCAGAUCGCGUCGUGAAGGAAAUUACGGGUUCGGAUGUCGCGACUGGAUACAUAAUUGCAAAGAAACAAGAACGGACCGAUAAGGUUGCUUCCAGGGAUGAGGAGACUGAACGACAGGCUCUGCUAUAUGAAGACUUCCACCCUUUCAAGCCGCGGCAGUUUGAAAAUGAUCCAGCCUGUACAUUUGUACCAUUCGAGGGCUUCAACAAUACCGUAGACGAAUUCUUUUCGUCUAUUGAAGGACAGAGGCUAGAAUCGCGCCUCUAUGAACGAGAGGUGACUGCGAAGAAGAAGCUUCAGGCUGCGAAAGACGAUCAACAAAAGCGACUAGGCGGUCUCCAAGAAAUUCAAACUCUAAACGAGCGCAAAGCUGGAGCUAUUGAAACUAACGUGCAGAGAGUCCAGGAAGCAACUGAUGCUGUGAAUGGCCUGAUCGCACAAGGGAUGGACUGGAUAGAAAUAGGCAAGUUGAUCGACAUCGAACAGAAGCGAGGAAAUCCAGUGGCCAGCAUCAUCAAAUUGCCUUUGAAGUUGCAUGAGAACACAGUCACGCUACUCUUGGAUGAGGAAAUCUUUGUUGAAGACUUGAAUGAUGAGGCAUACGAAACUGGUAGCGAUGUCUCUGAUAGUGAGGACGAAGCACCCAUAAAGGAGGCUGUGAAGAAAGUAGUAGACAAGCGUCUAGCUAUUGAUAUCAAUCUUGGUGCCUCCCCGUGGAGCAAUGCUCGAGAAUACUACGGACAGAGGCGUUCGGCUGCAGAGAAGGAGAAGAAGACACUGGAAUCGUCAACCAAAGCUUUGAAAAGCACGUCUCAUAAAAUCGAGCAAGAUUUGAAGAAAGGAUUGAAGCAAGAGAAGGCUAUCCUGCGGCCUGUGAGAAAACACAUGUGGUUUGAGAAAUUCAUGUGGUUUAUCUCAUCCGAUGGGUAUCUGGUUCUAGGUGGACGAGAUGCUCAACAGAACGAGAUCCUCUACAAACGAUAUCUCCGGAAGGGUGACGUAUAUGUCCACGCUGACUUGGAUGGUGCCACAAGUGUUUUCAUUCGAAAUCACGAAUCAAGAGUUGAUGCGCCUAUACCACCAUCAACACUAUCGCAAGCCGGCAUACUUGCAGUAUCGUCAUCUUCUGCCUGGGAAUCGAAGGCUGGCAUGCCCGCAUGGUGGGCCAAUGCUGAUCAAGUCUCCAAAUCCGCGCCGACUGGAGAUUAUUUCAAACCUGGAAGCUUCGAUGUGCGAGGCAAGAAGAACUUUCUGCCUCCGGCACCCCUUCUUCUAGGAUUUGGCGUAAUGUUUCAUGUGAGCAACGAAAGUAAGGCCAACCACACGAAGUAUCGAGUGCAUGGCGGCGGAAGCGCUACUGGUACAGGUGCUAAGGGGCCUGAAAGCACUGUGAAUCCAACACAGCCUGAUAGUGACGAUGAAGAUAACCAACGUAAUGCGUCGGAAGAAGAUGAUGAAGAAAGCGAAGAAAACAAUGGCACAUCUACCGCCGAAUCCAGACAAAAUCCGCUACAGUUCACUGGAAGUCAGCCCAACCCUGACGUGUCACAAUCUCAGCAAAGUGUGGACACAACAACUUUGACUGGCUUGCAAGACCUAACUGUCGAUGACGAAAAGGCACCAACGACCCUCAAUGACGAUAACCAGAGAGCGAAAAACCAGCCAUCUCCUAUAGAAGUCGAUGAUACUAAACCAGAAGCUGGCGCAGAGUCUUCAUCAGAAGAAGGUGCAGCAACACCGUCUUCAACAUCCACAAAGCAAAAAGGCCAGGCCCCGCUGCCUCGAGGCAAGCGCAACAAACUCAAGAAGGCCUCUCGGAAAUACAAGCACCAAGACCUAGAAGACAAACUCGCAGCACAGGCUCUCACGGGAGCCACUGCAGGUGCCAAGAAAGCUGAGGCAGAAGCCGAAGCUAAGAGGGCCUUGGAGGCCGAAAGGGAGUUCAAUGAACAGCGCCGGAAGGCCCAACAUCAGCGCACCCAGCAAGAGAUAGCUAAGCAUGAGGAAGCGCGUAAGGCAAUGAUGGAAGCUGGCGAGGACAUUGUCGAUGAAGAGGCCGAUGAGGCUGAGAAAGCCGUGUCCCUCGAUACGCUAGUCGGCACGCCGCUUCCUGGCGAUGUCAUCCUGGAUGUCAUUCCUGUGUGUGCACCCUGGACGGCAGUGGGGAAGUAUAAGUAUAAGGUCAAGUUGCAACCGGGUCCCAUGAAGAAGGGCAAGGCGGUGAAGGAGAUCUUGUCAAAGUGGGGUGUGGAUUCUCUUGUGAAAGCGUAUGUGGAUGAAAACAGCAGUGAUGUGGAGAAGAUGUGGCCAAGAGAGGUCGAGCUUGUAAAGGGCUUGAAGGCGGAAGAGAUUGUGAAUGUGAUACCUGUAGGAAAGGUGGCCAUUAUGCUUGGUGGGGGUGCAUCUGGGGCGGCGCGGAAAGGAGGGGGUGCUGGGAAAGGGAAGGGAGGGAGAGGUAGUAAGAACCAGAAAUAA